AUGGCAUCGGCUGUUCCUGUUGAGAUGAUUGACGACGAUGACGAUUUUGAUUGGGAAGCAGCCGUUAGAGAGAUUGAUGUCGCCUGUGGUGAAGCCAUUAAACAAUCAUCAUCUGGAGUUACUACUACUACUACUACCAGCGCAACCAUAUAUCGAAAUUCUAAUUUACAUACGGGUUCUUACCCUAAGAUUGAAAACAACAAACCCUCUUCUUCUCGUCAAUCCACACUUGAUAGAUUCAUUGGAUCGACAGGCUUGAAAUCCGCAAAUCAGGAUGCACGACAUGAUGCCCAAGAUAAGGUUGAGUGCAAUGACGAAAGAGUAAGCGACGUUAGCAUUGACCCAGAGGCCGCACAAACCUGGAUAUACCCAGUGGCAGAAAAUGUCCCUGUUCGUGAUUAUCAGGCAUCUAUUACCAGAACAGCUUUAUUUGCAAAUACAUUGGUGUCAUUGCCUACAGGAUUGGGAAAGACUCUUAUUGCUGCUGUUGUAAUGUAUAAUUACUACAGAUGGUUUCCUCAAGGAAAGAUUGUGUUUGCUGCUCCUUCUCGCCCUCUUGUUUUGCAACAGAUAGAAGCAUGUCAUAAUAUUGUGGGAAUUCCACAAGAAUAUACAGUCGAUAUGACAGGUCAAACAAGUCCUUCAAAAAGAUCAGGCCUUUGGAAAACUAAACGAAUCUUCUUCCUUACCCCACAAGUUCUUAAUGAGGAUAUAAAAUAUGGACGUUGUGAUAUGAAACAACUAGUGUGUUUAGUGCUUGAUGAAGCUCAUCGUGCAAUUGGAGACUAUGCCUACUGUGCAGUUGUUCGUAAGUUGAUGGCUGUUCCAGUGCAUUUGAGAUUAUUAGCUCUUACUGCAACACCAGGAUCUAAGCAAGAGAAGGUCCAACAAGUGAUUGAUAACUUGCAAAUAUCUUGUCUUGAGCAUAGAAGUGAGAGUGAUCCUGAUGUGACUCCAUAUGUCCAUGAAAGGAAGGUUGAUUUAAUUGAGGUUGAGAUGGGAAAUGAUGCUCUUGAAGUAGAUAAACUGCUAAUGGAUAUCAUACGUCCAUAUCUUUCAAGGCUUUCUCCCUUUAUAGCUCUUCCAAAAAGAGACAUAAAUUCGUUUAGCCCAUACGAUUUUCUUGAGUCAAAGGAACAAUUCCACAAAGAUUUGCCACAAAACAUUUCUGAAAUCAAAAUCCGGGAAAUAGAUGGGAUUUUGUUCGUCCUGAUCACACUAUAUCAUAUAAGGAAGCUCCUUUCAGCUCAUGGUAUACAACCAGCAUUUGAUAUGCUUGAAGGCAAAUUGAAGCAGGGGAAUUUUUCUCGAUUUAUGAAUACGAAAGAAGAACUUUGGAAAGCAAAAGCUAUAAUGAAACAAAACUUGGAUCAUGGUGUUCAUAGUCCAAAGUUUCAAAAGAUGUUAGAAGUAUUGUCUGAACACUUCAAUAAAAAACAAGAUCCCAAGAAGUCGAGGGUUAUCAUUUUUUCAAAUUUUAGAGGAAGUGUAAGUGAGAUAAUGAAGUCAUUAUCUACCAUUGGGCCAUAUGUUAAAGCUACAGAAUUUAUUGGCCAAAACUCAGGUAAAAAAUCAAAGGGCCAGACACAAAAAAUUCAGCAGGCUGUUUUAGAGAAAUUUCGAGCUGGUGAAUAUAAUGUUAUUGUUGCAACAUCAAUUGGAGAAGAAGGUCUAGACAUUAUGGAAGUUGAUCUUGUUAUUUGUUUUGAUGCUAAUGUCUCACCUUUACGCAUGAUUCAACGCAUGGGAAGAACUGUUCCCUUAACAUGCAUACUAGUCUUAGCUUGUAAAGGCCAAGAAGUAAGAGGUUAUUUGAAAAAACAAGCAAACAGCAAAAGUAUCAAGAAACAUAUGAUAAAUGGAGGAACAAGUAGCUUCCGUUUUCACUCUAGUCCAAGAAUGAUUCCAAAUGUUUUUAGGCCUGAAAAAGUGCUGACUAAGCUGUUGAUUGAAGAAUAUGUUCGACGUGGAAAGAAAGUGAAAAAUGAUGAGGCUAUUCAGACACCAAAAUAUAAACUUAAACUCAACAACAUUGAGAUUGAUCUUCUUGCAAAGUAUUUUCAGCCUUCAAGUGAAAACGAAUGGAGGCCUUCUCUUAUUGCUUUUCCUCACUUCCAAGCAUUUCCAUCAAGAGUUCAUGAAGUUUCUCAUUCUAUGAGAACAGAGAUGCUAAUCGAUACAAUGCAAAAUUUACAAGACUUAUCUUUUGAUAACAAGGAUGAAGAAGAGACUUCACAAGGCUACUUCAGAGCUGAAAGCAUUGACAUUGAGCAUCACCAUACCAAUAUAAGAGAUGAUGAUGAAAUACAGAAAGAACCUGAAAGUGACAUAUUAUCUCCUAUGAAACCAUCUGUUCACUCCUUUCUUUUUGGAUCAGAUUUUACAUCCAUUGAUUCACUUGGACGAGUUAUGAUUCUUUCUGUUCCAUUAUUUUCUCUCACCAAAAAUUCAACUCCACAAAACAUCCAUUUAGAGGAUUUAGAGACAUCAUGUGAUAUUAUAAAUCACGUUUUUAAUACCCCUGUAAAAAGUGAUGAUCUUCUGGAAUCUUCUAGAAGGAACAUCACGGAAACCCCUCUUGCUGACACCGAGUCAACCGAUUCGAAAGCUGCUGAACUCAGUCCUCGCCUAACAAAUCUAAUAAUGUCUGGUGUUGUUCCAGAGUCCCCAAUAGAUAACAGUGAUUAUAAAGUAAAAGAUAACCCUACAAUGCCUCAUCUCCCCAUAUCUUUGGUUCAAAAUAAGAACAAUGAGGGAGAAAUACAAACUCCAGGAAUUGAAAUACAGAAUAAUUCUUCAGAAAAUUGUGUUUCAGUUUCUAAGUUUGUGGGAGAAACGCGAACUCCUGUGACAAAGUUGUCUGAUGAUAUGAGUAGUAAAGAUUGGAUGUUAAGUUCUGGUGAAAAGUCAAUUAGUCAACCGAAGCCAAGGCUUAAAAGAUUACGAAAAUAUGGCGAUAUAAAAAGUGGGAAUUUGUCAGAUGUGGAAGAAAUUGUGGGCCAUAGAUCUUGUGGUCAAUUGGAUCAUUUUUCCAAUAAGCGUGGUAGAGGUGACAAAAAGGUGUUAAAUAAUGCCAGAGUUUUUAUCGAAGAUGAAGCUGAGGUGUCUUCAGAGGGGUCUGGUGAUGAGGAUGUUGACCAUGGUCAAGAUUCUUAUGAUGGCAGUUUCAUAGAUGACCGGAUAAACCCUACAGUGGCAACCACACAAGCUGCUGAAUGUGAUAUGAUGGCCAUUUAUAGACGAUCUUUACUCACCCAAUCACCCGUAAUCAGAACACCAGAGUUCCCCAUGGACCCUAAUCCUGAUAUAGACCCAAUGCAUGAUGAUGGAGGAAGUACAUCCAGAACAACAAAUCCCACACACAACAAUACCUAUUCCACAUCCGUCUCUUUCAACACCGAGAGGCUCUCUUCAGCCACCGGAAUCCCAACCACCACCACCGGAAUCCCGAGCACCGCCACCGGAAUUCGGAAAAGGAAGUUGAGUUUUUCUCAUGGUGAGUCACUUCCGAUUCGUAACCUAGAGAAGGAAAUCUUAAUAGAUGCUGAAUCUACUGCUGCUAAAGAGCCGCCAUGGAAGGCGGCAGGAGAAGCCAUGGAUGAUUUUGAUAGUGAUGAGUUUUAUCGAGGUAUUGAUUUUGAUGCGUUGGAGGAAGAAGCUACCAGACAAUUGAGAUCGCGAUCGGAAGCGUCGGGAAAGGUGAAUGAUAAACCGAAUGAUCAAAACUUGGAUUUUUUGGAUUGUCCGUCUUUUGAUCUGGGAAUUUAAAGGUAAUUUAUGUCAUUUGUUAUAGAUUUUGGGGUGUGGUGUAAAUAUUACUCGAAUGUGAUGGAACGUGGGAUGUGUGUAAUUAUAAAGAGAAAAUAAUGGUAGUGGUGGAAAAGAGAAAUCAAGAUUUGUAUAUUGUGAUGAAUAUGGACAUGGAUAGAAACAAGAAUAAG